AUGCUGCGGAUCUUUCUUUUGGUUUUUACCGCUGUAAGAAAGUGGUCAGGUAAAGAACGAAUACACAUACGACCCGAGAGCAGAUUGAUAGCUCUAUUCAACCCUUUCAUCUUCUGCUCUACAAGGUUCAACCAUGGAAAUGAUUUACAGAUCUACACUUCACUAUCGAUCGCGGACGUACGAACGUGGGGAAGUGCAUCUCAGCUGCAGGCGUUCAUCCAGAGUACUCUGAAGGAGAGUGUAAAAGUGGGUUUCAUGAUCCGUCACUCGAUCAUUGCCAAGGAAGGGAUGUCACAACUACAUGUAAACAUAGGCCUCCUAGGUUUCUACCACCCGAAACCAUGCAUGAGGAUUUCCGCUGGCAAGCUAGAGCAGAAAACAAAAGAAGCGCCGCUAAAUAAAAGACGAAAGAAAAGUCUUGCUGCGCUGCGGGGCCGAACCGCAACCGAUGAUGUGGCUCCAGUAGCGCUGUACCUUUUCUCUUUUGGCGACCGAGGAACCGAUUGGGCAGCGGUACCGGGUUUGAUGAUAGUCCAUCACAACGGUAGGUAUCAGACUGCGACAACAGAGGAGCAACGGAUUAAAGAUCUCAAUCAAAGUCUUACCGUCCAGAUGGAUAUUGAGCCUCGUUUUAAAGUAGUCGGAGAGUUAAACAAGACUAGAAUCAAUUGUUUCCAAAGCUUUCCUGACGAAGCGAAUAUGGCUAGAGAAAUACGGCACCUCAGUUGA